CUUUACAAUCUUUAGGAAAGCCCUCUCUAAAUCUCAUCUCCUCGAAGCUCCACAUAGCAUCAGUUUUCUCAUUUGUCAUAUGAAAAUACUGGUGUUCAUUCCAUAGAUUAUUAGACAAUACUGUCCAAGUAGGGUCACCACCAGUCACAUGUGGCUAUUUAUUUAAAAUUAAAUAAAAUGUAAAAUUUACUUCCUCUGCUACACUAUACAUUUCAAGGAACUGGUAGCUACCAUCUUGGACAGAACAUAUAUUUUCUUCUUUACAGAAAGUUCUAUUGGACAGUGCUGUGCUAGAACCAGGAACUGCCAAAGAUUCAGAGAAGGCAACAUGAGAACUGAAAACCCAGGCCAGUGCUUGGCUGGUUUUGAGUGAAGGUGCCCUGGGCCAGUGGGAAGCAAGCUAACCUUUGGAACGGUGAUGUCACAAAGCACAGCUCACAGUGGCCCUAGAACACCUGGCCUCCCAGGUCACUUCCCCUGACUCCCAGAAGCCUCUGCACAUGUAGCUCCUGGAGCAGCUACCGUAUUAAAAUGUCAACAUUUCCACCUUCAUCUAUCUGGGACAAAAUAGAUUAUGUUUCUCUGAGCUCAAUAUGGAACUGGCUACAAGCAACUUUUCUGGGAGAGACUGGUGUGCCUCAGCAAACAAAUUUGGGGCUACUAGAUUAUUUUGCUCCGGCUGUGCAAGUUAUCCUGGGGAUUUUAUUUCUUAUUUUGUUGGGAGCAGGACUGUAUGCCUUAUGGAAACGAAGUAUUCGGUCAUUUCAGAAAAUGUUGUUGUUUGUAAUCACACUCUACAAACUUUAUAAGAAGGGCUCAGAUUUUUUUCAGUCUUUGCUGGUCAACCCAGAAGGGAAUGGUCUCCCAGCUCAAGACAAUAAUAAUUUCUUCCUGUCCUUGGGUCUGCAAGAGAAAAUUCUGAAAAAACUUCAGGUGGUGGAAAGCAAAGUGAAGAACCUGGAGGGGAUGAUCAUUUCCCAAAAACCUGCCACGAAGCGGGACUGCUCCUCUGAGCCCUACUGCAGCUGCUCCGACUGCCAGAGUCCCUUGCCCACAUCAGGGUUUACUUCCACAUCUGAAAUGUGAUGGACUCCGAUCUUUCUCCAGAAAAGCACGGUUUCCCUUAUGAUGUGUACAGUGGCGUAUCAAUAAAGACA